UCCUCCCUUCCCCAUUGCCACCCCCUCCACUGGCUCCGUCCACUUCCCUGGAUCCACCUUCUCUGCUGGUGCCGUUCAGCUCCUCAGCUCCAACCUCCCUGCUGGCUCCCUCCAGCUCUUCGGCUCCACCUCAGGCCUCUCUAACAACAUCUUGGCCUUGUGGGGCAGUUUCCCUGGCUGCACCUCGGACCUCUGGGCACAUGACUCCACUUCGGUCUGUUAGUCCCUCGGCUCCACCUUGGAUUCACGUUCCCUUAGCUCCACUGUGGUCCGUCAUUACUCUGACUCCCUCAAUCCUCUGGCUCAAACUUGGUCCAUCAUCAUCCUGUUUCUGCCGUGGACUUCCGGGCCUCCGGCUGCACCUCAGCCCUCCACCUCUUUAGCUCCAUUGGGCUCCUGCUCCCCUCCAGCUUCUUCUUUAUCCUUGCUCGCUCCGGUGUCGCCACCAUCUCCAACUUGGUCCUAUAGACCUGAGGCCUCACCUUGGCCUCCCAAACCUACGGAGUCGCCCUAGAUCAUCAUCCUCUCAGCUCAGCCUGGGUCUCCAUCUCUUACAGCUCUGCCUCCAUCAGUCAGUUCCCUGGUGCUGCCUGAACCCAUCGCCAAGGUUCCACCCUGGUUCAACCCUCCAUUGGCUUCGCCUUGGUGUCUUUCUCUACCGGCUCCCCCAGGUCCCCAUCUGUUACCAGCUGCUCACCCACCUUCUAAACCACCUCCCUCCCUCCAUCGUUGGACUUUCUGGUACGGCGCCUUCCGGGAGGAGGGAGUAAAGUAAGAGUUAUGUUCAUUUAGUAGUCAUUUUGUUCUUGUGCUUCUGUUUCUUGUAUUCCAUUUAGGUUUAGUCUCUAAUUACUCCCUAGUUAGUUGCCUUAGUUACUGAUUAGUUUCACCUGUGUCUCAUCUAGUUUCCUUUGUUUGCUUUGUGUAUUUAAAGCCCUGUGUUUCAGUUACUCCUUGUCAGUUCUUGUUUGUUCAUGUGUGGUAUGAACAACUUCCUGUUAUUUAUUCUCCAUGCUUCUCCUGCAUGUUUUGUUCAUUUAAAUAAAUACUGUUUUUGUUUUUCUACUCCUGAGUCUUCUUUGUGUGCUUUGGCUACCACACCACUUUACACAAAUUAGCUGUGGUUGUAAGUGUGUGAUAGAAUUAAUAUGAGCAGCACAUUUUCCAUCAUUUUGACUGUGACUCAAUUUAACAUCAUUAUUUUUGUCCGCCUGCAAAUGGAAUUAGUUGAUGAAAUACAGAUGUGACUGUGAAUAAUAUUGUCUAUUCAAAAGACAUAUAAAUGAGACCCCCCCGGAGAUGCAUACUGAAGAUCAGGGGUGUGUGUGUGUGUGUUUGUGUGUGGAGGAGAGCAGACCAGAUGGUCACAGGCUUCUUCAGAUCCAUCUUCAGAUUUUUCCAUCUCGACUGAGACUCUGUUCUGUUUUUCUCGUUUUCCUUGUAUUGGUUGCUUUCCUCAUGGCCUGGCUGAUCUACACCUCUCUGGAGCUAGUCAUUGCUGUGGCUUGCUGCCUGGGGAACGUGCUGGUGGUUUGGGCCGUGUGUUUGACACGGACUUUCCGUCAGCCUACCUUCUGUUUUGUGGCAUCUCUGGCCGUGGCAGAUUUCCUGGUGGGGUCGGUGGCAGUGCCACUGGCUGUGCUGGUGGACGGGUGGGUGGAGAUCCCAUUCCAGGCCUGUCUGGCGGUCAGUUGUGUGGUGUUGGUGCUGACCCAAGCAUCUGUGUUGUCUCUUUUGGCUAUUGCUGUGGACCGGUACCUGCGGGUAUCAAUACCUCUCAGAUACAAAGAGAUCGCCAGCGAACAGCGCUCAUGGGCUGCGGUAGUCCUGUGCUGGUUGAUAUCCUGUCUGCUGGGUUUCACCCCUCUCUUUGGUUGGCACAACGGCCAUUCCCUGUCCUCCCCUGUCCUUAACUCUUCCCAUAUCAACUGCACCUUCUUAGCGGUCAUCUCGCUGCCCUAUAUGGUCUACUUCAACUACCUGGGCUGCAUCCUGCUCCCCUUGGCAGCCAUGACUCUUCUUUACGCUCUGGUCUUCUACAGUCUCCGGAAACGCCUCCGGAGGGAAGACGAGACUUCGGCGGCCGGUGGAUCUAAACUAAGGGCUUUUCUAAUCAAGGAGAAGAGGCUGGCACGUUCUCUGGCUCUGGUUCUCCUGCUGUUUGCAGCAUGUUGGAUGCCUCUUCAUCUCAUGAAUUGUGUACUACUUUCAACGGGCCCACAAGGCGUCCCACAGAUCGCUUUCUACGCAGGAAUACUCCUCUCUCAUGCCAACUCGGCGGUGAACCCUGUGGUCUACGCCUUUCGAAUCACAAAGAUCAGGGAGGCCUACCUGGAGAUCUGGAGACGGUAUGUUCUCUGCUGGAGAGGACAAAGAGAUGUAUCAAGUUCCUCGUGGAGAUCCCAGCCUGGAGAACAGAAUGCUGGGCAUCAUACCACAUCGAAACCAUUGGGUCAUGAAUCAGGCAACUAAAUUUCACUGUGUAAUACACAGUGGCGUAACUUUGUUUUAAAACGUGGGUGGGACAGGAAUGUGUGUGGUCGGUGGGUGUGUUGUAAUUGUGUUAUACAAUAAUAAAAGCACACAAUUUAUUGACACAGACGAUGGACCUCAUGUUUAAUAUAAUAGUUUCAUCCUUGCAUCUAUAAUACAAUAUAUUGUUAGUCUCGAGAGUAUAUAUAUUAGUCAAAUAAAUUCGUGGAUUCGUUAUCAAUGUCAUAUUGUCCUGGUGGACUAGCGGUAGAGUUUUUGUUCGUCGUACCAGAGGUUCUAGGUUAAUCCACCCUCGUAUCAUUUAUUUUAUUUUUUUCUCAUUAAAACCAAAGAUGUUUAUCAGUGAUUGUAUAUCAAGAGUAGGGACACGUUUAUGUGUAUUUUGUUUAGUGAUUUCACCUGAACGAAUAGUGUCUCCGCAACAGCGCUAAGCGAUAUUGAAGCGCAGUGUGCACGAGCUCCAAGAGAACACUUUUGCGCCACCGAUAACAGCGGCAACGAGCACUCAACAUUAUAGCGCCAGAUCGCCUAUUAUUUAACACAAACGAACGAAUUGCUAAUCAACUAGAGAUGUUUCUUUUGUAUUAGAUACAUCCGUGCCGCGAGAAAAAGUGGUGGGGACAAAAUCGACCCUGGCAAAAAAUGGUGGGGACAUGUCCCACCCCCAAAUUACGUCUAUGGUAAUACAUUUCUGAAUGGAUCUCUGAAUGACGGCAGGGAUCCGGGCUAACUUUUCUUACUAGGAGCACUGUAGCCCCUUACUGAAAAUUUUAGGAGCACAAGCAGAAAAUUUAUGGGCACCCCUUAACCCUAAAUAGUCUUUGGGGACAAAUGUGGGCAAAAUCAAAAUCAAAAAUCCUUAAUCGGUCCUUCGUGGACACUAGAGGGCACCCAUAGGAAACGAAUGGGUGGAACUAUAAUUCAGAGCAAUUUUUUUUUAUUUGUCCAAUAAAAAUCAAUCCAGCACAGUGGAAUCCAAGUCAGGUUAGUCUUGUUAGGUUUAUUGUACAUUGUUUAUUCUUACCUGUUUGGUAGCAUUUACUUUUUUGAGUUGUUGAAAUUUGAUGUUUUUGGUUAGAAAUAAAUGAUUACUCUGUCUCCUACUUUGUCUUUUCCUUAUAGCAUGGUCAUAUUUGUCUGUAAGCAUAUUUUGUAUAGUCUCACCCAACACAAAUGGUUUUUUAAAUAUUCUACAGUUUUAAACUUAGGAGGUUAAGUUUGUUAAUGUAAACAUUAGUUUAUUGAUUUUAGCCUAUAUGAAGCCAGUGAGUACUACAGCCAUCUAGUGGCCAUUAAUAUAUGACACUUAUUCAUGUAAUUGCUAUUUUUAUACCAACAUAUCUCACCAGAUGUCGCCAACAUAUGCCAAAUUUUGAGGUUUGGGCUGUCUCGGCUCACUGGAAUCAAUAUUUUUACUACUAUACAAUAAAUAAAAAAGAUAAGCAUAUUUUACAUGAAGGUCAAUGGAGUAAUUUUGUCAUUUUAGAGUUAAAUAAGCUCAGAAAUACAAAAAAAAAAAAAAAUAAAUCACAAAAUAAAUGCAUAAAUUGAGUGUUUUUACUUUAGUGAAGAUAGUGUUAUGAGAUUUAUUUAAAUAAUAAUAAUAAUAAUAAUAAUAAUAAUAAUAAUUGGGAUCACACCUAUGACAUUUGUGCCCAAAUUUGUCCAUGAAGGACCCACAAAAGGCUGCUCUAAUGAAGGUUGUUUCAGGAUUAAAUCGACCUGCAACGCAAUUAUUCACAUUUAGAGCUUUAGAGUGCUGGGAAAAAGUUGUGAAAAUCCUUGAAAAGUGCUUGAAUUUCUCCCUCAAAUGGUUGUACAAACCCUGAAGUGAAUAAUGAAAAAACAUUUCUGCCACAAUACCUUAGUUACAGUUAGCGUUACUACAUUAAAUCCAUGGUGAAUGUUGGUGAUUUGUGCCUUCUAUAACUUGUUAAUUCAUGGCACAGUGUUUCUCCUGGUUUCCGAUCACAAGUGGUCAGCCAAGACGCAUUACUUUACACCUGAUAUAAUUACGUGUUUCAAAUUAGUCUCCUGUGACCACUGGUGGUUUAUGAGAUUGAAAGUAAUAUAAUGUAGUAAUGUAAUUUUUUUUUUUUUUUUUUUUUUUUUUUUUGCCAUAAAUUUAACAGAAUAGACUCUCAGUUGUUGAUAUGAAAACUCAAAUAAGGCUGACAACUUUGUUAUGGACAAAAAAGGGAGCAAUUACAAUUGAGUUACCUCUGAAAAUGACUAUUAUACUGUUCUCACAUAUUUGUUAUAUAUUAAGAGUUUUUAUUAUACAUAUGAAGAAUUUAUUAUACACUGCUCAAAAAAAUUAAAGGAACACUUUGAAAACAUCUCAGAUCUCAAUGGUGAAAAAUAUCAUGCUGAUAUCUAAACUGAUAUGGACUGGGUAAUGUGUUAGGAAUGAAAGGAUGCCACAUCGUUUGAUGGAAAUGAAAAUGAUCAACCUACAGAGGACUGAAUUCAAAGACACCCAGAUGCAGCAGGCUAGUCCAUUUUUGCUGACAUUUCAUUGCAACAACUCAAAAUGGUACUCAGUAGUUUGUAUGGCCCCCACGUGCUUGUAUGCAUGCCGGACAACGUCGGGGCAUGCUCCUAAUGAGAUGGCGGAUGGUGUCCUGGGGUGUUUCCUCCCAGAUCUGGAUUUCAAAAAAAAAAAAAAAACUGCUUCAUUAAGCUUCAGAGCUUUACGAAUCAAAUCAGUGGUUCGGAGCACCAAAGUCACAUGAUUUCAGCAGUUAGGCAGGUUUGAUACACGAUCCGAAUCACUGAUUCGACUCAAAAGAUUCAUAACACUCCGAAGCAGUGUUUUGAAAUAGGCCAUCACUAGAUAUUGUCAAAAAGUUGUUAUUUUGUUUUUUUUUUUGGCGCACAAAAAUAUUCUCAUCGCUUUUUAAUAUUAAGGUAGAACCACUGAACAUGAACUGAUUUAAACAUGUUUUUAGUACCUUUAUGGAUCUUGAGAGAGGAAGUAUCAUUGCUGUCUAUGCAGGCCUCGCUAAGCCAUCGGAUUUAAUCAAAAAUAUCUUAAUUUGUGUUCCAAAGAAGAAAAAAGGUCUUACGGGUGUAGAACGACAUGAGGGUGAGGAAUUAAUGACAUUAUUUUCAUUUUUGGGUGAACUAACCCUUUAACUGACGAGAUCAAUAUCCCAGGAGUUUAACUGACUUGAUGCAAUUCUCUAAUUAAAAAGCUUUAUUUUUAGCAGUGUACAUAUUCAGAUAUUAUACAUAUAUUAUACAUAUUAAGAGUAGCCUAUAGUUUGGGCCUAAAACUAACUUUUUACCACACCUGCCAAUGGCCGGUGACUUAAGAAAAUUUACAAGCCAAAACAGGCAGUUAUGACACCUAUAUUUUAGAUGCUAGUUAAAAGUUCGCAAUUCUCUAUUUCAAUUUCAAUUCAAACUAUUAGAUUAACUAAUAUAAUUUAAUAGCCUAUAUUUUUAAAGACAAGUAAACAGUCAGUAAUAAAAAUAAAAAAUAAAAUAAAAUAAUCAAAUUACAAGCAAUAGCACAAAUAAAUAUAAUACAACAAAUAUACAAAUGAAAUAAACAGUGCUUGUCAGGAAGGUCUAACAGUAGUUUGCAGGUACAGAAAUUUAAUAAAGUAGUCUAAUCAAAUAAAUAACACUGCGUAAUCUUCAUAUCCUUUUUAAAGUUCAAGAGCAGUGAGUAUUUUUUUUUUCCUUUGUUGUCUGUUUAACAAUAAAAAUGCAGAAAGCAGCAGGAUUAUUAGAAUGCUGUCACUUUAAGAGCGAAUGCACGCACGUAUCAUGGGUCUUCUUUCUCAGAUGAAGACAUAACCAUUUAUCGGACUAUGUUUAGGAUACUCGCUGAGACGGACAUUUUUUGGCAUAUUUUUUGUGUGAAUUUGUCGGUUCAAGCACAUGAAGGCAUGAAAGAGAGCUCAACAUAGUAUUUGCACGCUGUCUGAGCGGGUUUCAGGGCGCGCUUUGGAUGUUUCGGAUGUUGAACUUCCACAUGAGUGAGUAUUUAAUUCCCUUUUGUGUGUUCUAGAACUUGAAUAUUUACAGUGGAAAGGCUUAAACUUUCGUGAUGAUGCAGCACUGACCGUCAACUGUACAGAGCCUCGUUCACGUUUGUUUAAUCUCAUGUUCUCACAACAUUGCAUUGUUAGAAUUCAUAAAAAUGUUACCGGACAUCUGAUUUUUCACCUAUUUUUACUUGCAUUUGGCGCUUGGCGAGUGUUAAUUUUAGGACCUGCAAGUUUUUCUCUGAACUUUAUAUAUAUAAUAUAUACUUUAAAUACAUGUUUGUUUAAUGAUUGUGUGGUUAGUGUCGUUGAAUGCCGUUGUAAUUUUUUUUUUUUUUUUUUUUUUUUUUGACGUGGUUCAUGCGUUCGGUUAACGGUUGUAACAUGCAGGGCUUAAUGCUGCCCUCACGUGCUCUAGUCGGAAUUAUCGUAAAUACGAGUUUCCUAGGUAAAAAUUGCACAUGAACGCCCUCAAAUUUCGAAGUGGGAAUUAUCAAAUUUCCGAUAGCACAUGAAGGCAUCAUUAGACCGAAGAUAUAAGGUGAUAUUUGUGCACGUGAUAUAUAACACGUUUCAUUUGUUGCCAACCGACUUUGAAAGAAAAAUGGUGUUUAUGAUGGUAGUCUAUCAAAUGAAGAAUAUGACUAACCUUAUUAGAGGAUGCUGACUGAAGAGUUUUGCAUCAGUUAGCUUCAUAGUAUUGGUGUGCCGUUGUUGUAUAACAUGUAUUAUUAAGUAAUAUACUGUGUUCUAAGAAAUAUGUUAUAUAUUAAGAUAUACUGUAUUGUAUAGGUACAUUUUAAAUCAUAUUCAGUGGGAUGUCACUGACUGUUUGUUUCCAGACUAAACAUCAAUGUAUCUUUUCACAAGGUAAAGGUAAACUAGGUAAAUUAUUUGCUCAAAAUGAAAGUCAAUACAUCAUCAAUCUUUCUUCCAAAACUUGUUUUUGUCUUAGCGUACAUACGUCACUCGCUUGUGUGUGUCUCAUCAUAUCCGUAAAUAGAGUAAAGUUGCUCCGGCUACAUUGGUACAUGUCUGGUGUGGGAGUGGCAGAGGUUAGUUGUCACAACAAGUGAGAAAGCAAAGCCACUGGAAGGCAAGUCUGCAACCUUUAGCCAAAAAAGCGUAGCGGUUAAUGCUAACGCUCUGCCCCUGGUGGUACGCAGGGAAGAAGACCAGAGGCUGUUUUUUGAACGGAUGUCAAUGGAUGAGAGGCUUCACUAUGCUGAUUAAACAGCUUUUGUGGGGAAAUAGCUAUUCAUUUAAUUAAUCAACAGCCCGUUUGCUAAUCUUCAGCAUGUUUUACACUAAACAAUACUUUCGUUGGGAACUACAUGUAGAUUUUAGCUUGAUAAAAAUGUAUUUUUUCAAGAGAAGGCAGACUAGGGAAUGUUGCGACUGAUGUCACUGCCAUUACACGAUAGGCUGAGAGGUCCAAUGGUAAGAGAUACAGACCCUCUUAUCUCUUUAUUAUAUACAAUCUCUGGAGAAAGGUUGACAUGGAGCAGCUAAAUCUCCAACCUCCGGAGAAUCACCUGUUUUAAACAAACACCGAAAAGAGGAGAGUCUGCUGACCAAAAUUGCACAUGAACGCCCUCAAAUUUCGAAGUGGGAAUUACCAAAUUUCCGAUAGCCGGCGGUUGUGGGUGAUAUCCCACCGCGGUAGUAAAAAAUUGCCACCGUCACAGCCACAAAGGGUAUUUUAUUACUCAUCAGGUGAGUAAGGUGUUUUAUUGAACAGAUAAAUUGACAUAUGUCGCUCUCUAACAGAGUUCAUUGUAAAGCAUGCUGUAUUUUAAAGGGUCUUUUCAUUAUGGUUGUUGCUGGAAUUUAUUUUUGAGGAAGUACCGUGUCUAUUAAUUUGUAAAGUUACAGUAACAUCUUCAGCUAGUCAGCUUGAAAUCCUUUCCAUCUAAAGUAGAUCCUUUCCAUCUAAUCUCAUCUGUUAAUCCUAACCGUGAAUGUUUUAUGAGCAGUGGGAUAAUCAUAUUCAUCUGCACAGUCACAAAGCACAAGCAAAACAAUGUUCUUCUGCAAAAUGCAUGCAGUUUUGUUUUUUAACUGCUAGAGGGCCAAAAGUUACAGUGUACCUUUAAAUAUAAUUUUCACUCAUAAAAUCAUAUUUUAUAAAUUUUAAAGAAUUAUUUGCAUUCAAAUUUACAGACUAUGUGAUUAGGAGUAUUUCUAAAGCUCUGAUCCUUUAUGCAAAUGAAGGCUCUUGAAACUACAUGCCUACAAAAUACUACCCAUGUUUAUACAUUUUUUAUACCUUUUAUA